CUGCAUUCGCCGUGUUGUGUCACACGCGAUCAGUACUCUGUGGGUUGUCGAGUGUCUCUUAUUGUGUCUACCAUAGAGUCUCUGGAGGAUGCCCCCACGCUGGCCUCCGCUGUGCCUCCAGCUGCUGGUGCUGGUUUCGCUGUCCCCUGCGGGCGCCGCCAUCAGGUGCCCGGAGGCUUGCCGCUGCAUCCAGUCUCGCACGCGCAACGCCGCCGACUGCUCCAGUUCGUCGCUGAGCAGCGCCCCGGCCGGCCUGGACUCCGCCACCACCAUCCUGGACCUGUCCUACAACCGGCUUGCGGCGCUGCGCAACGGCUCCCUCACUCGGGUGGCCUCCAGCCUCCAGAAGCUGGUGCUGCUGGAGAACGUCAUAGCCGAGGUCGAGUCGGGCGCCUUCCAGAGUUUCUCGCAGCUGUGGUGGCUCAGCCUGGAGAACAAUGCCCUGCACAGCCUGCACCCUUACACGUUUUCGGGCGCACCGAAGCUGUGGAAGCUGAUCCUCAGUGGGAACCCUCUGCACCUCCCACUGGAUGGUGGGCCAUUUCUGGUGGCCCCAGAACUGAGGAUUCUGGAACUCAGCCGAUGUGGCAUCUCUACUGUGCCGCCUGCUACCUUCCGGAACCUCACCGGCCUCUGGACACUGCGUCUCAAGGAGAACCACCUGCGUGCAGUGGACGGCCUGACGGACCUCCAGGAGCUGGAAGUUCUCGAUCUCCACGGGAAUGAGAUCGUCUCCAUCCGACCGGACGCGUUCGUCACUGUGCCCAAGCUGAAGCAGCUGAAUGUGAGCAGCAACCCACUGCUGGUGCUGUCCAGUGGAACAUUUCUGAACGCGGCCCACCUGUCCUUUCUGGAUCUGAGUCAAACUAACGUGACGCGUCUGGGUCCCGAUGUCUUCAGCGGAACACCAGCACUCACUGUCCUCAGGAUAAGCAAGACGCCGCUGAGCUGGAUCGACUCACGAGCGUUCUCCAACCUGUCCCAGUUGGAGAGGGCCGCUCUCGACAACAACGCCAUCUCGACGCUGGACGCGAGUACUUUCUCGAGCAACGGCCAGCUGCUCGAGCUGGACCUGAGCGGCAACGGGCUGGUGGUGGGGGCGGAGAGUGUGCUGCUGCGGGCGGCGGCGCUGACGCGGCUGGAGGUGGGCGGCGCGCGCAUUCCCGCGCUGGGGGCCGACACCUUCCGGGGACUCCCCGCGCUCAGCGUGCUGGGCGCGCCUGCCUGCGGGCUGGCCAGCCUCGAGGACGACGCCUUCGCCACCCUGCCCGACCUGUACGAGCUGCACCUGCAGGACAACCUGCUCACCGCGCUGCCGGACGCCGCCUUCAGCCGCUGCCACCGGCUCGCCGAGGUGAACCUACGUGGCAACAGGCUGCUGCAGCUGUCGUCGUUCCCAGCGGCUCCAGCACUGGAGCGCCUGGACUUGGGGCACUGCGGCCUGGAGGGUGAGCUGCCUUCAUUUGGGGCCGCGCCCAGGCUGCGUCGCCUGCUGGUCGACGGCAACCGGCUGACCAGCCUGGACGCUGAAGGCCUGACGGCUGCACUGCCCCAGCUGCGGCGGCUGGACGUGCAGAACAACCCCUGGAGCUGCGACUGCAGGCUCAGGCCUCUGUGGCGCUGGUGCCACGCUGCGGCUGCAGUCAGGAGCCCAGCUGUGCAAGUCUUGGGGAGGCCCGUCGACAUUGGAGAAGACGCAACUCGCUGUCCAGAGGACGUGAUGUGCGGACAAGCACAGCGCGAGCACUGGGACCUGCUGGAGACUCUGCGCUGCCCAGGAGACCCAGAGUCUGGAGAGGCCGUCGCUGAACACGACCCUAACCUGGACGUGGAGAUGAUCAGCAUGUCAGGGCGACAGCGCUCUGCGCGGCGCGUCUGAGCUCCCAAGGGAUGCUGUUUGGGUUUCUGUAAAUGCCAUUUGUGGGAAUCCCAAGUUACACUGUGCUGCUACCCUAUGCUCUGACUGGCUGUACUGAAAUUGAUGUCAUGCAUAAUGUACCAAGCUAUUGCUCUGAGAAUUACAGAGGAAUGGACAGGGA